AUGCCUGACUCAAUUCGUGACGUGGAGGCACAAGCCGUUCAGCCAAUUGCGGCAUCUACGGCAGCCGCCCCAUCGGCAUCAGCCGACAUCGAAGUUGACAGCGAAGUUAGAACUAUCCGACUGAAUAUGGUCGAACGUAUCACGCGUUCCGAGCUGGCUAUAACUGGAAUUGAUUUGAGUCCAAUCCAGCCGUCUUGGGUACCUCCGAACGUCAAGUUCGAGGUGGACGACGUCGAAAGCCCUUGGGUAGGAAGCAAGAAGUACAACUUCAUCUUUAGUCGCUACAUGGCUGGCUCCAUCGCGGACUGGCAGCUGUACAUCAGCCGAAUCUUUGGGUGA